CGGCGGAAGUGAGAUAACAUCAUGGCGAUGUUGCUUCCGGUGCCGUGUAAGCUAAUGAUGUGGAUGGGGUUGGCCCGGGACUGAGCCGUUACCGAGUGGCUCCCGGACGCCGAUCCCGGCGUUAAGUCAUCGCCGAGUCCCGGGAGACCGAGCGGGGUGGACGUUAUCAGACAAGAGGGAGGAGGUGGCUGCCUUACCGGAGCACCAUGAUCCGCUGGAUACGGCAGCAGCUGGGAUUUGACCCACCACACCAGAGUCCCACAAGGACAAUUUAUGUUUCAAAUCAUUUCCCCCAAUACGAGAGUUUUGUUCAUCAGAAGUUUCCAGACAAUAGAAUGAUAUCAUCAAAGUACACAAUAUGGAAUUUUAUCCCAAAGAAUUUAUUUGAACAAUUCCGAAGAAUAGCUAACUUCUACUUUCUUGUAAUUUUUCUUGUGCAACUGAUGAUUGAUACUCCUACCAGCCCAUACACCAGUGGACUGCCAUUGUUUUUUGUAAUUACAGUAACUGCUGUCAAACAGGGUUAUGAAGAUUGGUUGCGGCAUAAAGCAGAUAAUGAAGUUAAUAAUACUCCAGUGUAUGUGAUUCGAAGUGGCGGCCUUGUCCAAACAAGAUCACAAAACAUAAGAGUUGGUGACAUUGUCAGAAUAGAAAAAGAUCAAACGUUUCCCACAGAUUUAGUGCUGCUGUCAACCGAUCGAGAGGAUGGGACGUGUUAUGUCACUACUGCCAGUCUGGAUGGAGAAACAAAUCUGAAGACACAUCAUGCAGUUCCUGAAAUAGCAAAAUUGCGCACUGUUCCUCAACUAGACACAUUGAGGGCUAUCAUAACCUGCCAUCAGCCGGAACCAGACCUGUAUAGGUUUGUUGGCCAAAUUAGAAUCCAACAAAAUUCAAACAACAUAGUGAGACCUCUGGGACCAGAAAAUCUUCUACUUAGAGGAGCAAGUUUGAAAAAUACAAAUGAAGUUUACGGUGUGGCUGUUUACACUGGAAUGGAUGCUAAAAUUGCUUUGAAUUAUAAGAGCAAAUCACAGAAACGCUCGUCUGUAGAAAAGUCUAUGAACACUUUUCUGAUAGUCUUCCUAGAAAUUCUUGUGAUUGAAGCAGUCAUUAGUACCAUCUUGAAAUACGCUUGGUGGUAUGAACCUUCGUACAAUGAAAGAACGACACAGGAGAAAAACAGCAGUAGAAUUCUGACUGGUAUAUCUGAUUUCUUGGCUUUCUUGGUGCUGUACAAUUACAUCAUUCCAAUUUCACUGUAUGUUACUGUUGAGAUGCAGAAGUUCUUGGGAUCUUUUUUCAUUGUAUGGGAUCUUGACUUGUAUCAUGAUGCAACAGGUCAGCGUGCACAGGUUAACACGUCGGACCUUAACGAAGAACUUGGGCAGGUGGAGUACGUGUUUACAGACAAAACUGGAACGCUGACUGAAAAUGAAAUGAAGUUCAGGGAAUGCUCUAUUAAUGGCAUUAAAUACAAAUACAUUAACGGCAAUUUGGUCCGUGAAGGAGUGACUGAGUUUGGGAAAAAAAACACUUUUACAGAUGAGGAAAAGAUGUUCUUGAAGGCAAUAUCCCUUUGUCACACAGUGCACAUUAAUGAUCGGGAAGAGUUGCAAAGAUCAGAUUUGAGUCUUGUAGCUGAUCCAUCCACUGUGCAAUACUAUGCUGCUUCGCCAGAUGAGAAGGCUCUAGUAGAAGCUGCAAGAAAGAUUGGGAUCACAUUUGCAGGAUCGAGUGAGAAAAGUAUAUUACUUAAUGAGUUUGGAAAGGAGCAAAGAUACAAGCUUCUGGAUGUUUUAGAGUUUGAUGCAGAUCGCAGGCGAAUGAGUGUAAUUGUUGAGACACCAGAAGGAAAGAAGAUACUCUUCACUAAAGGUGCAGAAUCAUCCAUUCUGCCAUUAACCAAAACCGGGGAAAUUCAUACAACUAGUGCACAUGUGGAUGAACUUGCUAUGAAGGGAUUGCGAACACUUUGUAUGGCAUACAAAUAUUUAACCAAUAAAGAGUAUGAAGAAGUGGCAUCACAACUUCUUGCAGCCAGGACAUCUCUGCAACAUCGAGAAGAAGAAGUAGCCAAUGCUUUCAAUCUUAUUGAGAGAGACUUGCACCUGCUGGGAGUUUCUGGUGUGGAAGACAAAUUACAAGACAAAGUUCCAGAGACCAUAGAGGCUCUUAAAUUGGCAGGAAUCAAAGUAUGGGUUCUUACAGGUGAUAAACUGGAAACUGCAAUCAGUGUGAGUUUAUCAAGUGGACAUUUUCACCGGACAAUGAAUAUUUUGGAGCUUACCGAUCAGAAAUCUGACUGUGAAUGUGCUGCACAGCUUCAAAGGCUUGAUAGAAGGAUAAAACAUGAUCAUGUGAUUCAACAUGGCUUGGUUGUCGAUGGAACCAGCCUUUCGCUUGCGCUCAGGGGACAUGAAGAAUUGUUCAUGGAAAUUUGCAAAAACUGCAGUGCUGUGUUAUGUUGCCGAAUGGCACCUCUGCAAAAAGCAAAAGUAGUCAGGCUUUUAAAGACAUCACCAGCCAAGCCUAUUACCUUAGCAAUUGGUGAUGGUGCAAAUGAUGUCAGCAUGAUAAUGGAAGCAAAUAUCGGCAUAGGUAUUAUGGGCAAAGAAGGAAGGCAAGCAGUGAGAAAUAGUGACUAUGCAAUAGCAAGAUUCAAAUUCCUUGCUAAGUUGCUCUUUGUCCAUGGCCACUUGUAUUACAUUAGAAUAUCACAUCUUGUACAGUACUUUUUUUAUAAGAAUGUCUGUUUUAUUACGCCUCAGUUUUUGUAUCAGUUCUUCUGUUUGUUUUCGCAGCAGACGUUGUAUGACGGUGCUUACCUGACAUUAUACAACAUUUGCUUCACUUCCUUACCCAUCCUCAUGUACAGUUUGUUUGAACAAGAUGUGCAGCCUCACAUACUCCAGAGCAAGCCAUCAUUGUACAAAGAGAUUAGCAGAAACGAGGUCUUGUCCCUCAAAAGAUUUCUGUAUUGGACACUGCUGGGAUUUUGUCAUGCCUUUAUAUUUUUCUUUGGCUCUUAUCUUCUGAGGGGAGAUGAUGCAUCCAUGAUGGGGAAUGGUCAGAUGUCUGGAAACUGGACAUUCGGCUUUCUGGUUUUUACAGUGAUGUUUAUCACGGUUACUUUAAAGCUUGGAAUUGAGACACACUACUGGACCUGGAUAAAUCACUUUGUUACGUGGGGCUCGAUAAUUUUUUACUUCGGAUUCUCUUUGCUUUAUGGAGCAAUAAUUUGGCCAUUUCUGCAGUCACAAGACAUGUACUGCGUCUUCGUACACCUGUUGUCCAGUGCUUCAGCCUGGCUUGGCAUCAUUGUUAUAGUAGUUGCCUGCUUAUUCCCUGAUGUCCUAAGGAAAGUGUUUUGGAGACAUGCACGACCUACUUUGACACAAAGAUCACAGCUCAUGGAGCCCAAUUCUGGCAUCACCUGUAUGGAAUCGAUCUGCUGUUACUCAAGAGGAGAAACAGCAUGUUCACCUCUUAGAAGAAUACUAGACCAAAUAAUGGGAAGAUGCAAACCCUUGCGAGUGAACAGAUGUUGGAGCGACCUCGAUCCCUGCUACGCCAAUGACAGAAGCAUCUUAACACUCUCAUCAAUGGAUGGUUCCUCAAAUGCUUCAGCGGUUUAACAGUUGAGGGUAGACAUGAUAGCUAUUGUGUCUUUAUCUUCUGUUAUUGUUUAAAUUCCCAAUUUAAUUCUGAGUCAUGGGGAUGAAUGAAAAUAUUUAUAAAGGUCUGUCUUUGACCGUCUGUUUUAUUUUUGCAGCCCAAAGAUAGUAAUAAAUUGUAUAAGAAAAUGGAGAAGAAAGUGACAAUUAGAAUUGUAUUUAUUUGUAAAUAGUUGUAACCUCAUUUUCCAAGAUGUCCUAUUUCUGGAGCUAUAUUUUUCUAAUUUUUGUUUUUGGAUGGGAAAGGGUAGUGAGUGGGAUAUUGGAAGCAUCCCUUUGCGACAUUUCUCUUCAAGGCUGAGUCCUUAUUUUUUGACAUUUGAAGUAGCUGUUCAGUCAAGAAGUGGCUUUAUGGAUGCAGAAUUUUUGGUAUAUGACUUGUUCUUGUAAAACUCAAAAAAAUGGUGGUAUCCUUAUCAUUCUAAUUGCUCUUGUGGCUCGAUUUUGCUGGAUGGCCAAAACAGCGAACAAGUGGGUAGAAGCUAAUGAUGGAGUUGCAUAAGCUAGUGCAACAAGGGAUACUGCAAGUUAACACCUUAAAAUGUCUACUUUUUUACAAAAUGAAAAUGUUGAUCAAUUUCUUAUAUUUUGUGCACAGAAUCUAUUUUGAUCAGAAAUUGGUUUUGUGGUAUUUCCAAAAUUAGUUACUAAAAGUGACGCAUGGGAUCUUUGAAUUAGAGUUUGGUAUCUUGUAAAUUUUCUGUAAAUUAGACUGAUUUGAAAAUUAGCUUGGUGAAUGCAGAAAUGGCAAACCAUAUCUAAUACUUCUGCAAUUUGCUUGAACUUCCAGCACCUGCCACUUAUGUAGCAGAUUUGGAACUGCCAGGUGCUUAUCAGGAUUCCCAGAUUGCCUAAAUCCUCAAAGGGUAUAACAGUUUAAGGCCAUUGCUGGACAUCAUACUGGCGUAUUCCUUUGAGACUUCUGUAUAUCUUAUAGGUUUGUCAGGUUGAAAGAUGAUAAUAUUUUCACCUAGUAUCCACUAAAAUUGGUUUCACCUUUACAAGAGGUUGGUUUCUGAGAUAUCUGCAAAGGAAAAUCCUGUUUCGUCAACAAACUAAUGCUGGCAAAUAACUAUUUAAUAAGUGCAACGACUGGUCAAAAAUAGAAGUUGUACUGUUAAUAAUUUGCUUCCCAUCUAUAUCCAGGUUUUUGAAGAAUACAUUCAGUAUUACUGAACUGAAUUAUAUCAACCUUUACCAUAUACUGAUUAUUUAAUAGCAGUUAACUAGUAUAUGAAAAGCAGCAAAAGCUAUGAUGUGGAUUUUCUUUCAAAGAAGGGGUAAGUGUCAAAAUGAGAUUACUUUUAAAUUUAAGGAAUUGAAAGUGUUCCUCAGCAAAGGUUCCAAGUUUGUCCCAUUGGCUAGUGAAAAAUUGUAUAAUUUCUGAACUUCCUACUUCUGAAUUUGUAGCAUGUUUUCUUGAAAUUGCUUCUUUAGAAGUGCAGCUAAAGAUUAGUAAGGUUUUUAUAUACUGCCCCCAAAUAUACAGGUACUGUUAUUUUUGCAAUUGUCGGUGUAGUGUUAAAAGAAUCAUUACUCAGCACUUUUUAAAAAAAAAUUUCAACUAGCCAAUCUCGAAGGCCAGAUGUUAACUACGUGAUCAUUUAUUUUCUCUAUAUAUAUCCAUAGUAAAGCUUUCCAGUCAAAACAGUUCAAAUUGCAAAUUGAGAAGGGUGAAAUGUACAGUUGGUCAGAUAUGUUGUAUAUCACACAUCCUGCUUGGCACAGUUUGCAGUGGGAAGAUCUGAGAAUACAGGUAGCCAAAUAUAAAAGAGGGUAAAUCCCACUAUCUGUUAAUGAAUGAUUCUGGUAUUUAAGUGCAAGGACACACCACAGACAACCCUGCCUUUAUGUAAGCUUUUGAAAUUUCACUUAGCUGCACUCCUAAUUAGGGUAACAUUAGGAGAUUUGUAAAGUAACUAUUUGAUGGAAACAAUUGUAUUCCAUCACUGGUUGAUUAGGAAGACCAAAGUUAUAUCUUCAGGCAGAACACAUCUUUUAUAAAUACAAUAAACUCAUUUAUUCAUUCAUGUUUCAGUUCAAAAUCAUGGAUACCUACCCAAUGCAGGAAAAGGAAAAGUUGCACAUCUACCUUAAAGGUGUUAGAUUUGUAACAGUUACUGACUUUGCGUGGAUCUCUGUUAAAGUUAAAUAUUGAAUUUAAUAAUUGUCUUGCAAAUUUUGACAUGUUUACAAAUGCAUUUUAAUGUGAGUUGAGAUUUAAUUUGGAUUGAAUCUGAAUGAAAUGUGCCUUGUAAAUUUGGUUUGAGAAAGAAAUUAUUUAUUAGAAUAUAAUAUUUCAAAGCUUGAACAACUUUGUAAAUCUGAUCCAGUAUUUGUGUGAUGUGAUCCUGACCUGUUUCAGCAUGUUUCUAUAGUCCCUUUCAAUGGUGGAAUGGGAGUGGUCCAAUUUGACUUGAAAGAAAAUGACCAGCUGUCAUGUGGCAAAUAAUGAGGCAGAUGCUUAAGCUGUGAGGAUCCCUAAAGCCUUGUUUGUGUCCAGUGAUACUUUAGUCUGAAAGGUGCAUAAAUGCAAAUGCUUUUGAUAUGUUUUACAUUAGCAAUAAAAAAAACUGAAAAUUUUAGACCUCUGACACAGGUUCUUGCUGUUCUGUGUGUCUGCAUUAUGUUUUUAUUGAGAUUGUUCUUCUGUUGACUUUCUCAUUCCUAAACCACUGGUACAUCUUUUCCAAUAAAUCAAGGGAACAUGUUAAAAUUAGAA